UCACAGUCUUCCGAUCCUCUCCUCCGCCGCGAAGAAGCCGUUCCCUUGCCAUCUCGUGAACUCCGUACUCACUCGCGCAUUCGAAGGCACGCUCACACGGCUGCGAUGGUGGACGUGGAUCACCGGAUGGCGGGGCUGGCCCCGGCGGCCCACGCGGCGGGCCUGCGCCGCCUGUCCACGCGCGCCGCGGCGGGCCCCGCGUCGGCGUCGGCGUCACCGCGCCACGGGCUGCACUCCUUCCACGGCGUGGCCGCGGCUGUGCUCUCCCACCUCCGGGCGGCCGGGGUGGCCGUCCUCCCGGGGCUGUCCGACGCAGAGUUCGCGCGCGCGGAGGCCGGGGUGGGGUUCACGUUCCCGCCCGACCUCCGCGCCGUCCUGGCGCAGGGUCUCCCCUCGGGGUCCGGGUUCCCGGACUGGCGCGGCCGCGCGGGUCUAUGCGCCGCGUUCGACCUGCCCGUCGCAGCGGCGUCGCUGCAGAUCGCGAGGGGCGCGCUGUGGCCGCGGUGCUGGGGGCCGAGGCCCGCGGACCCGGACCGCGCGCGGCGGCUCGCGCGCUCCGCCAUCCGGCGCGCGCCGCUGCUUGUGCCGCUGUUCGACCGGUGCUACGUGCCCUGCCGCCCCUGCCUCGCCGGGAACCCCGUGUUCUUCGUCACCGACGACCGCGUCCUCUGCUGCGGCCUCGACGUGCUCCACUUCUUCACGCGCGAGUCCUCGUUCCAGCCGCUGGAAGUCUCCUCCCCAUUGGCCUCUCCCCUCUGCGGCACGAGCACGUCGUACACGCGCCGCAGCCUCGACGCCGUCUGCUGCGGCCAGGCCCCACGCUGGAUCGAGUUCUGGAGCGAUGCCGCCUCCGACCGCCGCCGCCGCGAUUCAUCUUCCUCUGAAGCCUCCACCGCCUCCUCCUCCUCGUCCCCAUCCUCGUGCUGCCCCUCGCCACCACGGAGGUCCACCCCGCGAUGGGUCGGCAACUACCUCGACGAUCUCGGAUCGGUGCUCAGGAAAGGUGGCUGGAGGGACCGGGAGGUCGACGAGAUGAUCGAGGUGGCCGCCUCAGGACUCUUCGACGGCGAUGACGCCCCAGCACUCGACACUGAGGUGGUGCUCGACGCACUGGUGCUGAAAACGGACCGGUGCUCGGACUCGCUCCGGCGAGCCGGGUGGAGCUCCGAGGACGUGUCCGACGCGCUGGGCCUGGACUUCCGCCGGAGCAAGGAACGGCCGCGGGCGGCCGUGCGGAUCCCGCCGGAGAUCGCCGCCAAGGUCCAUCGCCUCGCGCAGGCGUUGGCGCGCCCGUGACCUCUCCCCGUUCCUGCCGGACAUGGCGGCGCCUGACGUUUCUAAUUACUUGUUGUCUCGAGUCCGAAUCAAACUACACUUGUAUAAGUGAACAAGUAGCCCAUGUUCGAGUGCAUGAUCACGCGAGUAAAUUAAGCUCUGUUCAUGUGCGCGAAGCACCGUCAAUUGUAAGAAACAGUGUCCCGGAAAUUAGAGCUAGAUUGGCAGAACUAUUCACUCAAAAAAAAAAAUACUUGCAGAGUAAUUUCUCUCAAAAAAAAUCUCCCAUGUACUGUUGGAUGCCAUUUGCAUGUCAAAAAAUUAAAAGUCAGGGUGGGUUGCUGCUGAUGUGUGCUGCUUCUAACCUACUCGUUUUGUAUAUCCACUAGAUCCUAUGAACCUUCCUUCAACAAUUCAAUCAGAUAAUAGCAUAGGAGCCCUGGCAUCCGGAGACGACGACCAGGGAGUAGCAUUCACAGUGUGUAGCAUGAGUAUCAGAGCAUGUUUACCUUCGGUAUU